GUGCAAUCUUGCCAUAUCUCAUGUUACACCUGUACAUUAUGCUCAUCAUAUUGCGAAUCAAGCAAAACAUUUUGUAAUAUGGGAUGGAGACAAUAAAUCUUCAGGUUCAGGAGGUCGAGGUGGUGGUGGUUGUAGUAAAUAUACCGAUGCCACGUGUGAAAGAAUUAAAACUGAUAUUGAGAAUUCGAU